AUGUCUUUUAAUUGCCAAAUUUCCAUGGUCCAAUCAUCAAAUUUUCAAGUGUCAUUUAUGCCUUCUGACACUCGAAUAUUUAUAGUACCGUCAUCGAACAAUCAAGAUCUAAUUAUGAUGGACCCGAAUAAUCAAAAUCUAAUAAUGAUGCCGUCUAAUAUCGUUUCAACCUCCACCAUCGAUCAAUUAACCCUUUUAUUUUUCCUACAUAAUUCCGCAUAUUACGUGGGAUAUAUUGACAGACAUAUUGAAUUCGAAAUUCCAUCCGUCGACGAUGCCCUUACGAUAGGAAAGGGCAAAAAAAUACCGCCAACGUGUUUUAUUUUAUUUCGGAAAAGUAUGCAGAGCUGCGUUACAUCCUUGGGAUUGAGAAUUCCACGUGAUAAACUGUCUAAACAUAUCCAAAAGAUAUGGAAUGAUCAAAAGAAAAAAAAUCCUAAAUUAGUGGAGCGUUUCAAAGUUAUUGCAACUUCAGCCGCAAAAAGAUUUUAUGCGUCUAAUUUUAGACUUAAAAUCCACAGUCCAGUAAGAAGCAUCGGCGCUUCUGGGCAAUCCGUAAACUCUGAACAUUCCGAAGACCCGGCACUAGCUUGUCUUCUUAAAGAUCUUUUUCCUGCUAUUUAA